AUGGUGUGGGCGAAAAAGUCGGACCAAAACGAUGCCGAUUUGUGCGCCAAUCCAGUGGUCUAUUCGGCCGAUCGGUUGAACAGCAAAACUGUGCGUCUGUUUCGCGGCGAUAAGGCCUGGGAUUUGACCGGUUUUCCCGACCAUAAAAGCCGACCCGUUGAGACGACCAAAUUGGCGAAGAAUACGUUCAAACACUUGCUUCCGGUCACCGAAAGGCAAAGAGUGGUGACAGUGUCUGAAGGCUCGCCAUCGGUGGUCAAUUUGACGGUUAAGUUUGGUGACAAACGUUGGUGGGGUUGGGCUAAGGACUCCGAGACGGGAGACGUCACUCAAUUGGGCACUUCUGUCGGCUAUUUCUGGGAUCAAAUACCUCGAGAUAAUGGGUUCGCAGCCGUCUUUCACAACGCCGACAAAGAGGACCCAAUGCUGAUCGGACUCGAGGCCAACGCCAAGCAUAGCAACAAACACAUGAAAAUCCACUAUUUCAGUACAAAAGAGGGAAAAGGCUUUUUGAUCCCAAAGAAGAGCCACUAUUUCGACGAAAAGGAUUUCCCGAUCGAUAUGACGGACGCCUUUUCGUGGCCAUCGAAGGCAUCCAAAUAUACCAUUUAUAUCAUUAGAAAAGACAAAUACUGUCGUCUCACUGAUGCUCAUAAGGCAUGUUGCACUAAAUGGGAAUCAAAUGAACAAUUGUUUGGUUGUAGUUAUAGUAAAACGAGAAACUUCUCGCCUCCAGAGGAAGUGAAAAAUGAAAACUCGUCGCCUAAUGCUCAGGAAGCGAACCCCAAUGAUGGCAAACCGGCCCCCGUAGGCGAGUCAGUGUCCGGUGCCGUAUCAACUGCUCCCGGAGGCCAACCACCGACUGAUUCGGCGUCAAAUCCGGCCGAUUCGGUGACCAAACCGACUAACAAAACCGAUGACAAACCCAAAAAAUCAGGCGCCGCUCAUAACCAUCGCAUUACAACCGAUAUUAUCGUGUGA